GGCGGACGUUUGAAUUUCGGGGCGGGCUGAGGCGGCGCUGCCGUUACUGCGCGAGGCUGAGGGGCGUGAGGGGCGCGCGGAGCCGAAAGGACCGAAGGAGCCGCGGUCAUGUCCCAGGAGUGCGGCGAUGAGUGGGAGCUGAGCAAGGAGAACGUGCAGCCCCUCAGGCAGGGGCGGGUGAUGUCCAGCUUGCAGGAGGCGCUGGCUCAGCAGGACUCCUCCAGCCACACCGCUGUGCAGCUCAAAAAACAAGAAUUUGAAUCAGAAAUCCGAUUUUACUCAGGAGAUGACCCUCUGGAUGUGUGGGACCGGUACAUCAAGUGGACAGAGCAGACCUUCCCCCAGGGUGGGAAAGAUGGAAAUCUUGCAGCAGUUUUGGAAAGGGCAGUGAAAGCCCUCAAUGAGCAGCAGCAAUACUACAAAGAUCCUCGUUAUCUUAAUCUCUGGCUCAAGUUUGGCAAUUGCUGUCACGAGCCCUUGGACCUGUACAGUUACCUGUGCAGCCAGGAGAUUGGCACCACCCUGGCACUGCUCUACAUCACCUGGGCAGAGGCACUGGAGGCCAGAGGGAACUUCAGGAAAGCAGAUCUGAUAUUCCAGGAAGGGCUUCAGCGCAAGGCUGAGCCUUUGGACAAACUCCAGUCCCAUCACAGGCAGUUUCAGGCCCGCGUUUCUCGGCAGGCACUGCUGGCACUCGAGGAAAGUCCAGAUGGAAAAGAUGCAGGUCUGCUGGAAAUUGCGGAGCCUCAGAGAAGCUCAUUGGCAGAUCUCAAAGGCAGGGGGAAGAAAAAAGUGAGAGCGCCCAUUAGUCGUGUGGGAGAUGCAGUUAAAGCCACGAACCCGAACAGAAGCGUCCAGCCUCAGACUUCUCUGCAGCUUUCAAAUACUCCGGGUUUUGCUGUGUUUGAUGAAAAUUCAGCCUCUGUAGAGGAGAUUCCCACCCUUACAGCACAGUCAUGGACAGCACCUCCAGCUCCCAGGGCCAAGGAGAAUGAACUCAGUGCAGGACCUUGGAACUCUGGCAGGCGUCCUCGCAGCGCCUCCAACCCCGGCCCGGCAGUGCCCGGCCCCCUGCCCAGCUUCACCCCCUACGUGGACGAGUCAGCUCAGCCUCAGAUGAUGACUCCGUGCAAAAUCGAGCCCAGCAUAAACCGCGUGUUGAGCGCUCGCAAACCUGAGAAGGAGGACCCGCUGCAGCGAGUGCAGCACCAUCAGCAGGACACUCAGGAGCAGAGGGAGGUGGUGAUGUACUGCAAGGACAAGGUUUAUGCUGGAGUCGAUGAAUUCUCUUUGGAAGAGAUUCGAGCUGAAAUCUACAGGAAGAAAGCGAAAAAGAAAACCGAAGAGGAAAUGCAAGCCAUAGCACAGAAGAAGGAAGAAAUACAAAGGCAAAUUGAGGAGCUGGAGAAGAAAUUGAAAGAAGAUGACAAGCAGCAACAACCACGUGAACAGGCAGCAGAGAUAAGGGAAGCUUUGGCACCUUUGGGCCUGCAAGGAUUUACUUCUUCCAGUGCAACAGAAGCUGGGGAGAAGCAGCUUCAGUGGCAAAGUGAGUUCCAUGUCUGUGAAGAUACUCAGCUACAUAAACCAUCUUGUCCUGAGGAGGUUAUCCCGACUCCUGAUGUAUCCCCAGACAUCCACAGUGGAAAUGUGCUUUUAGACCCUGAGGAGGAACAGAGAGAUGAGGCCAGCCUUCCAAAAGAAGAUGUAGGUCUGCUUCCCCCACUGGCUCCUGCUCCGUUUUUCUCUAUAUUUGAUGAAUCCUCUACUUUAACAAAUCAGAAUAUAAGUUGUUCUGCAGAUCAUACCCAGACGAGUGCCCGUCGCCCUCUCGCUGUUCGUAAACCUUUGGCCUCUCUGGCAGCAAAGGAAAACGCCUCAGCAGAAACCUGUGAUGAGCUGAAUGGAAUCGAACCUUUGACUGAGGAUGCAAUUGUGUCAGGCUCCUACAAGAACAAACCCCUUUGUGCCAACCCAGAAGACACGUGUGACUUCAACAGGGCUGCCCACCUGGCCUCGACGCCCUUUCACGGGCUGGGGGCUCAGAGAGUCCCAGCUCCUGCUUUCUCCCAGAGUGGCCUGAAGGAGGAUAGUCCAGAAUCCAAGAGUGCACCUCUGGAGCAGGAAACGCUGGUGUGUGAGGGAGCCUACAGGGAAGCUCUGUGUGUAAAUAAACUGAGCCCCAUCAUGGAAACAAGCCUGGAAGACACUCGCUCGUCAGGUUCUUCAGUCUCAGGAGGUUCUCUGUCCUCUGUUACACAAACAUCUGCUAUUAAAUACCUGCAUAUCCCUGAGAAACUGGAGCUGGCUCAGAGCCUGCCUGCUGAAACAGCUCCUGAUGCUGGAGGUGUCUGUGGAAAUGCUCCUGCAGAGAGGUGCAGCACAGAAUGCUUGUCAGCAUCCAAAACAGGGGAUGACGUGGCUCAGUUCCUGUGGAGUGCUGAGCAGCGUAAAAAGCUCUUGGAUCCUGUGCCAGAAUCACUGGCUGCUUCUCCAGAUUUUUACUUGGAGCCUGGAGCUCUGCCUGGCAUGGAGGUUGAGAAGGACAUUGAGCUGGGGCAUGAGACUUACUGCAUCAAAUGGGAAUACUGGAGCAAUGAGGAAUACAAAAUGUUUUUCGCCAUUCCAGCUAACCUUUUCCAGUUGGAUGCAAAGGGAUUUGCAAUAAAGGUGUAUUCUCAGCCUGUGCCUUGGGAUUUUUAUAUCACCCUGGAGUUACAGAGGCGUCUGAAGGCUGACUUUGACCAGAGCUUCAGUGGGAGCUGCAGCUGCCACCUGUACCGGGAUGGCUGUGCCGUGGUGCACAGGGACAUCAACCGCUUCACGCUCGGGGAUGUUAUCCGUGGCCGCAAGUCCAUCACGGAGGAAGUCAUCUUCCUGGUUGUUUAUAACCUUCUGGGUGUGGUAGAGAAGCUGCACAAGGCUGAGAUUGUCCAUGGAGAUCUGAGGCCAGAGGUGUUCUUUCUGGGAGACAGGAUCUGUGAUGCCUUUGCUAACGAGGACAUGGCAAGUGCUCUGAAGGUGGUGGAUUUCUCUCACAGUCUGGAUUUGAGGUUGCAGUCUCGAGUGAGCUUGUGCAACAGCUUUCCCAUAUCUCAGACCCCUCAUGGGCAGCAGCUUCUGGCAGCAAGUUCUCUUCCUUAUCAGGUGGACUUGGUUGGCAUUGCAGAUAUAGUCCAUUUGAUGCUGUUUGGGGAUCAUAUCCAGGUCUAUCAGGAGAAUUCCAUCUGGAAAAUCAGCCAAAACCUACCAAAGACUGUUGACAGUGAUUUCUGGAGUAAACUUUUUGGGAGAAUUCUGAAUGCAGAUGGUAAGUCCACAGCGCCUCUGCUGCGGGAGUUGAGAGAGGAAAUCGGUGACAUGUUUGACAGCUGCUUCCAAGAACGACUUUGUGAGUCCUUAGCUGCCCUGGGAGUGACCUUCCUCCUCUAGAACUUCCUGUGACUUCGUAGAGGACAAACACACCUUGUAUUAUAGAGAAGAAUUUGUUGUUGAUUUCUUAUUUAUUUUUUUCCAAUGUCAGCAUGACAGCGAUUGCAGCUGUGUCUGCAGUGCUUCACGUGGGACUUGCUAAAGGAUGUUUUUGUUGCAUCAGUGCCCAGAUCAGUUAAGAGGCUUAGGAGUUUAACCUGUGUCUGAGCAGUUUGCCAGAGAAAAUUGUUUGCCACGUCUGCCCCCUGCCCUUGUACAGCUCCUUCAAGAUGUGUUUCAUACCUGGUUCACACCACGCUCUUUGGAAGGGCUUUGUCCUGCGUUCAGUUGGCCUUUCAAUUAAUGUUUGAUUGAUAAAGUUGUCUUUUGAGAGCAACUCAGUCACAUUAAACACUGCUGUCAGAUGGUUUUGAAAGACUGGGUUUAGUGCUGGAGUUGCUGGGGAUGUUUUGUGGCUGCUGGAUACAAGAGCCCCCGUUUGGUGGCUCAUAACCACGUGGCAUUUCCCGGACACCGGAACAUAACCUGGAUGGUUCUACUUGGAAUAUGCUCUCAUGGAUGGUUGUCAUAGGAAAAAGUAGAUGAAGACAUGAGUGGAAAAGCCACACAGUUAAUUUUGGCUUCUUAAGGCAUUUUGUUUACUUUUGCAAAGGCUGCAGUUCCUGAUUGGAUUUGAGCAUCCUCCAGAAAUCUCCCUGAAGUCUCAAUUUGCCAUAAGUGAAGUGUUUGCAGGUUUUUGUGUGAGGUUUUGUGGAUAGAUAUUUGUGUUAACCUUUUAACCAUUGUAUUACUGAAACCAAUAAAAAGGCUUCAUUUUAUUCAAGACAACAAAAUUUACAUGAUCCAAACCCAAUGUACUAUGUACUUUAAACAUAGAGAACCUCCUCAGACUUGGCAUUUACCUCCUCACAGCUUCUGCCACGCAUGAAAGUGAGAGCACACAACUGCUUCACCAGGAACUUUCAUCUCCCUGGAAAGCCAAACUGGCUGGGUUCUUUCAUUUGGUUCAAUUGUCCAGCCGUGGUUCUGUUGAUUCUCCUGUUUGUGUUGUCUCCAAAUUCUCUUCUGGAACUUUAAUUCUGGUUUUUUUCACAUGGCUACAAACCACCUUGUUUCCAGUUUCUUCUGCGUAUUCCAGCACUACUCCUCUUGCUUUGGCCUGUAUUCUUUUUCCUCUCCCAGCUUCCUAAUGCCUUUUUUAUGUGCUCCUGUAAGUCAGGAGUGGGACCUAAAUGCCCUGAUAGACCAGCUUUAAUAUCUAAUGUAAAGUGCUGCAGAAGAAUUUAUUUUGGUCCAUUAAUGCCUUAAAUAAUGCUUCUUGUAGUACAAGUCAUUGAUAAGUCAUGUACUGAGCACACAGAUAAAUAAUGAUUUGUCUCUAGCCAGAGUUAAGAGCCAAGAUCACUGGGAGAGCAACUAGGAGUCCAAUGCAUAGCUAAGUUCUAAAAACAUUGCAUGUUUGUUCUUUAGCUAAAAUUUAUUUUCUUUUGCUGAUCCUCUAACUUUUGCCUUUUAGGCAAAAUCGGGGGGGGGUCUCACUUCCUCCUGUUUCAGCUUAUAUCCUGCAGCACAGGUCUGAAAACCAGGUAGCUUAGGAAGAGAACAUUGCUAAGCAAGUAUCACUCAUCCCAAGGACUUCUCAGGCAAGACAUGUUUCCAGGCAGUACAGGACAACUUCACCACGUCUAACUCAGAAGGCUUUUGAGAACAGCCUGAAUGCACAGAUAAGAGCUCUCUGCAGAAGUUCAGCAAAGGUCUUUAAAAGCUGUAAGUGAACCUAUUUGUCUAUAAGGAGAUGUAUUUCAAAGCUGCAAUCCUCCACUAUUACUUUGAUGUUGACUUGGCACCUGUUUUCUUUCUGAACAAGAAGUGUGUUAAAUCCUUCUCUGUGUAAUAAGCCUGCCCCCGAUCAGUUAGUCUUCAUGUAUGUCCCAGACAACACAAAACUGCCCCCAAGUCCUGUAAAAUAAACACAGCAGUGGCUUUAUCACCCUGGCCGUAAUAAACACACACAGAUAACAGAGGGAGGAGCAGGGAUAACAAAGAGCAGUCACCUCUUGUGCUGGUUGUUCUGUUCUGCUCCAGUGAAACUCUGCCUCUCAUCCACACAGGUAAGUCUCUGCUCCCCCAGCCCAUGAGCUCAUUGCACCAACAUGUACCAGGAGGGCAGGGAGGUCUUCUUUUGACAUCCUUGUUGUAUGUUCAAGUAACUCUGCCUCCAACCUUCAAAGCUUUUCCUAAGCAUCACUUUUGAAUCAUUGUGUGACAGGCAGAUGCUCUCACAGGCUGGGAUUUUCACAGACUUGUCAUGAAACAGGAGAGAGACCAGCCUUGCCCAUGAGAUAUUUGGAGAUAAAAAUUGUCUUAGCAGUGUCCAAGGAAAAGAGGCAACUACAGAUCCUGGGAUGUCAGGAAGUGCCACAGGGGGUGGCUGGCAGGGUGAAAUGUGUGAAGGGGGUACAAGUCCUAGUCAGGUUAUCACAAAACAAUGUGGUGAGGGAAUCUGAGCUCUAGCGAGUUUUAAUACACUGUUAUAUAAAUAAAAGUGCACCAAGGAAAGUAAAUCCAAGGAUUUACCAGGUUGUUUGAGAAUAAAACUUGACCAGAGAUACAACAGGGAUGUCUGGAAGAUCUCUGCAGUCUUGAAGUGCUUUGAUUCAGAAACAGUGAGAGAAUCAAGCUGUUAAUAUCCACUCUAUUGUGUUAAGUGGAAAGGAGUCUAGAAAUAAUGGCAGGAAGUCACUAAGCCACAAAAAUAUGCUACCUAUAAAAAAAUAGAGGCUGAUCGAGCUGUGGGUGAGGCAAACCCCACAGGUGUGAGCCAUUUUCUGCCCUUAAGCUCUGGCAGCUGGGGUUGGAGAAGUUGGUUCCACUGUCUCCAGGGCUCCUGGGGAAUCAGUGCCCACACACAGGUGCUCCAGGUGACCCCUGAGUGCCAGGGAGUGGAACCACCAAUGGUGGGACAGAACCUAACGACUUUCCAAGGUACACCUGCACAUAGUUAAAUAUAUUGUGAGCUGACACCCACUUUACCCCUGAAGAGAUCGUGGUAAGGAAGCUCAAGGAAGGCUGAGGAGCACUCAUCAUCUGCUGGUCUCAAAAGGUAGGUGAUUUUUUAGAUUUAAAAUCCUAAAUGUGACGUAAUUGAUAAAACUUAUCAGAUAUAUUCUGAGUGCAGUUAUCUGAGAUUUUCCCAGCCUGAGGUCUGUGUUAUAUAGAUUAAGAGGUGUAAGCUUGGGCUUGUGCUAGCAGGUAAUACUUGGCUUUUUGAUUUUCCAGAAUGAACUAGAAGGGGUAGGCAACUCAGCAGGGCUACAAGGAUCUCGUGUGGUUAUGCAGGGAGAAAACUAGAAGGGCCAAAGCCCAGUUAAAGCUUAACCUGGGUCCUGCAGUAAAAACAUAAAAGCAACAGGGCAAACAACAAAAGGAGGGCUGAGGAGAAUCUAUGAAGGGUGUUGGGGCACCCUCAGUAAGAAGUGGUUGAGUCACUAUUCCUGGAAGGAUUUAAAGGAUAUAUACAGGUGGCACUUGGGGAUGUGGUUUGGUGGUGGGCUUGGCAGUGCUGGUUGGGCUCUGAGAGGUCUUUUCCAACCCUUAUGAUUCUGUUAUUCAAAGUAGACAAAUCACCCCUCCUGCAUGUGUAUCAGCAAGUAAUUCUAAGCCUUUCCUCUGUGCUGCUGCUGAUUUCCCACUUAAUAAAUAUUCCAAAUGACCUGGGGCUGAAGUGCAGCUCCUGAGGUGCUGUGCUCCAGGCUGUGCCCGGUGAUUUCCCCUGAGGAAACCUGUGUACAGAAGAUGAGAGUUCUUAUUCUAAGAGAGUUAUUUGGCUGUGGGCUGCAGAACUGCUGGUUAGAGUCUCUGCUUCAGCCUGGGGCUAUGGGCACUGCAUUUACAUUAACUGUGCUUAUACAGACUGCCCUUAAAGCUGGAUAAAGGACACUUUACCAGCUUCAUUCUCUGGGUUCUUACUGUUUUACACUCGUUGCCCCUCUGCUUGGUUUAUCCAGCAGAAUGCCAUGGUUGGAAACUUAGAAAUAUGAAGGUUUCAUUUCCAUAACAUUUUAAAUUAUUAAGCGACAUGUGGAUAUUGAGGUCACUAAGUAAGACUGGGGAAAAAUGUUCUUCCUUUUGUUGGUUCUGUAAAUGGUUGUUUCAUACUCUCCUUUUGUAAUAAUUACCAUCCAGAGCUAUUUAAUUAUUGAUCCCGUGGCUCCAGCUGGUGUGACAGUGUGAUUUGCAAAGCAGGAGCAGCACCUGAGGGACACAAAGGCAACUGUCAGUGUUCAGGUUCUGGGUCUCAGCUGAUUGUUGUUUUCCCAGUGCUUUGGUUUCUCCUCAGUUUUUAGGAUCUUGAAGCUAAACUAGUCAUGUACUUUGAUGUAGUGUGGUACUCUGUGUAAUCAUUCCCUCAGGGAUCAUUUUGUAGCGAAAAAUGUUGGAAUAGUGCAAAAUUCAGUGGUGAAUGUGGCUUGUUGGUGUGUUCCUUUAGUAUCCAGUCAAAACAACCAGCAAAGGCACUGGGCUGUUCUGCCCCAUCUGCAGCUGCUCCUGAAGAGCCUGGGUUGGUGCUUCACCUGUGUGUGAACUGAACUGGCUGCAACUUGUCCUCUCCUGAGCCUGUUCCCUUGGUUCCCAGCCCAGUCCUGCUGGUACCCUUUGAGAGAACAAUGGCAGAGGGCACCCCUUGUUUUAGUGGCACAUCCCCUGCUCCUGCUGUUUGUAGGGGAACUAGGGAUGGCUUUUCCUCGUGCUGAUUUACUGGAGCCACAGUCUUUUAUCGUAGAAACUCUGGCUUAGAUCCUGUCUAAAAGCAGCAGGUUUUUAUCAAGAUGUAAAACAAGUGUCAGCUGGGAGGAGUCCUGACUAGCCUGAACCAGAAACCUUACUCUCAGCUGUGAAGGCAGUCUCUGAUUUGCUUAACAUGGGCAAUGUGUAACAGGAAAAGUCCAGUUUUAUGCAAUUAGAAAAGUUAUUAUUCCUCCUUAUGUCCUGGAAAAGCACGUUUUUCACUUGAGGAGUUGGACAACAACGGAAAACUCUCAAUGAUCCCGUUCUCAGCUCUUUGAACACAUAAUUCCUACACAGCUGAACAUGGGAGCCACCUUCACUGCAUCUCUGAGUUUCUGCUCUACAUGUGCUCCGUGCACCAAGUCCAAAAUGGUGUUUUCCUUCCUUUCAGCUGAACUGAGGAGGCCUUUGUCCAAGUCAGCAGUACAUGUGUCCACACAUCAGAACAUUCUCAAUUACAAGCUUAAGUUUCUGUGGGCUUUCAGUGUAUGGCACAUUCUUCACUGUCUUAAACUUUAUUGUGGUUUCCACGGUGAUCUUUCCUGAUGCAUCCCCAGCCUUUCCUGCAGGAUGCUCAGCAGUGUGGGUGGAGUGGGAAAGGCAGAACAACUGCUGUGUGAGGAGGAACACACUGGUGCAUUGGAUGAGGCUUAUGGAAAAGAGUUACUUCUCCAGUUUCCCUAAUAAGUACACACUGGUCCUCUUGAAAUGGGAGACAGCAAGUCAGGAAAUGCUGUUUGUGUAGCUGGCCAUGUUGAAAAGGAGAGAUGAGAGCCCUGCUUCUCCUGACUUUUCCUACCAUAUUUCAUUACAGUAAAAGCCAACCUGUUGGGUGCUGAGCUGUGAAUGCUUUAGCAAAGCCCUUGUAAUGCUUUUGUAGUUUUGUUAAACUUGUAUUACUGAGACAAAGAGGGUUCCAGACUGAGGACAAACCUUCCCCUGCCCACUGCUCCUGGCUCUGCAGUUUGGGUUUGCUCAUUUAUAAAACUGGUAUUGUACUUUUAUGUUUAUUUUCUUACCUACAUAUGCACAUUUAUAAAUUUUUCACUUCUGCAGAGGCGAAAUGGUUCAUAAAACCAAGGUAACACUACACUCAGUUGCUGCUUUUCCUCACCUGCUUUGGGAUUGGAAACUUCUGUGGCUCCCUCCCAGAGUGGUGCUUUUGGGCAGUUGAAAUGUGUGAUACAACCAAUCAUAUGGCACCAAAAUAGGCUUGGUAUUGAUUAGUAUCCAGAGACUAAAACAGGGAAACCAUUGCUCUGCCUGGUGCUGUUGUUUAAGCUGGAGUGUAGCUGUUCCACCAGCUGCCAAGAUCCAAGCUGUUUUCUUUGAAAACCUAAGGUGGUUUUUUUUUUUAACUUUUACACUGAAUUUUGGGCUUUGACCUGUAUCUUGGUGAAUAAUUCUUAGCAUCCAACUUCUGGGAUGUCACUCUCCUGUCAGACUUUGGUGUGAUAAAUGGUUGCAUGUUUGGUUUGGGUGCCAUACACAUAAAUAAUACUCCUUUGAUGUCUAUGGUAGCUUUCCUGUCCUGGUCUUAAACCACCCUUUUAUUCCAAGUGCAUUUUAAAAUUAUUAUUUUUGUUCCUGUCUAAGUUUAUAAUCCUCCAUUUCUUCUCUCUUCUGUGUUUUACAAUUUUCAUAUGUGCUAAAGGUUUCCUUCUCUGAGGGUUGUGUUGAUGUGCAGUGGCACCCCCAUAGCCAGGGCCAAGGCAGCCAGUCCCAGGAGCUGCACUCUGCCCCUCGGGGUCCCUCCAGCUCUGCAUGUUCUGUGAUCCCAGGAGUUACUGCAGAGCCUUUCCAGAAGCCAGGCUCUCUGUGACUCCAGAAGCCAGGCUCUGUCCUCCCACAGGUGUAUCCCAGUGAUGCUGCAGAGUUUUUUGGGGGUAGAAGUUACUACACAGACACAGUUAUUUGCCCUGGAAAGCUGAAUCCAGCUCUAAUGAAUGAAGUCCCAAAGCUGGCAGCAUUCAGCACUUUCAUGGGCUGGGGAUAUUUUCUAGCAAGAAAAUUAAUUUCUGAGACUCGUUGACAGAAACAUCAGGAAUGGAUCUGCUGCCUUUGUCUCCACCCACCCCAGCCAAGAGUGGGGGGAGAGGAGCAGCUUUUUUUAUAAAUAGCUCCCUUCCUGUUGUAUUUGUAAAUUCGGUGCUUUUUGUGUCAGUGACAUCACCCUCUUCUCCAUGGCAACCCCCUCCGAUGGCAAAACUGCAGGGCACUGCCAGAGGAACUCAAACCAGCACAUGAACAGGUUGAAUGGAGAUGAGUUAAUUGAGAAAUAGUGCAGGGGCAAUAGGAGGGGGUGGGAAACAGCAGCGAGGAGGUUCCUGCCAGCUCUGCUGCUCCAGCAAACUGUCCCCUGGCAUGGCUGGUUCCCAAAGCUCUGCCCCAUCUCCUCUUCGUGUAAGUCCCUGUCAGGAGGAGGCAGGUGGAAGGCAGGCAGGCAUCUUACUCCCCAUCUCCCGUGUGUCUGGAGAGCAGCACUACAGGUGACUAAGCAGGAGGAGCAUGGCUGACUCACUCCUGAGUUAUUUUCUCACUCCUGUUCUCUUCCCCCUCCCAUCUUUUCUGUUUGUUUUUUAGCUUUCACCCGACAGUUUGCAUUUUUCCCCAGGCCCUGAUGUGAAAGAAUUAGCAGCAGGCUUUCUUGUUACCUAAUGUUCACAAAAAUGUGCUUGUGGUUAUCCACGGGGGAAAUGAAAGCCAACUCCAAAAGCAAGAAAAAAGAGUUCUCUGGAUAAAACACCUCCAUCUUAAAAAAAAAAAAAGGCAUCUCCUUUCUGAAUGUUGUU